UGUGUCCCUUUUCAUCCCUUCACAUGCUCUAGCCUCUGGUUUCUCAGCUCCUGGCUGCUUUCCACAUUCCAGUCCCCUUGCAGAACCCAGGCAUCCUGGCCUCCAGCUGAAACCGAAGCGUGUGGCUUCCCCCACGCCUGGCCCUGUGACUCAGACCCUCUGAAGGGACCAGCCCUCUUCUUGGCACUCCCCAGGAGAGGGGGGCAGGGGGAGGGGGGCGAGGUAGUGACAUCACAGCUGAAGGGUAUAAAAGUUUCGAGGCAAAACAGAAUUGAAGUGGAAGACGCAAGACCUGACGGCGCAGCCUGUGCUCCUGGGGACCGCUGGGCCUGAAACCCACGGAGGUCUGGUGGCGAAUUCCAAGGCCCCCACACUGACUCCAUGCUGGGCGUUCCCUGCUUUCUGUGGCUCCUGGCCGUCGCCUUCUCCCUGGUUCUCAGAGCGCAGCGCUUGGCCCCUCAAGACUCAGAAGAAGAGGGAGAUGAGAUAACGCGGUCACCAUUGCCUGCUGUCCUCUGUGACUAUGACCGCUGCCGCCACCUGCAGGUCCCGUGCAAAGAGCUGCAGAGGGCGGGCCCGACGGCCUGCCUGUGCCCGGGGCUCUCCAGCCCUGCGCAGCCGCCCGCCCCACCGCGCCUGGGAGAAGUGCACGUGGUGGCAGAGGACGGCAGCGCGGUGGUGCACUGGUGUGCCCCCUCCUCCCCGGUCCACCAGUACUGGCUGCUGCUUUGGGAAGGCAGCGGGCCUCCCCAGAAGGGCCCCCUCCUCAACUCUACCUUCCGCCGAGCAGAACUAAAGGGGCUGAAGCCCGGGGGCGUGUAUGUGGUUUGCGUGGUGGCCGCUAACGCGGCGGGUGUAAGCAGCGUGCCCGGGAAGGGUGGCGAGGGCCCUGAGGGUGCGGACCUCCCUGCCUUCGGGCCGUGCGGCCGGGUGGCCGUACCCCUCCGGCCCCGCAGCCUGGUCCACGCGGCCGUAGGCGUGGGCGCAGCGCUGGCCCUGCUGAGCUGCGGCGCCCUGGUCUGGCACUUCUGCCUGCGCCAGCGCUGCGGCUGCCCUCGCCGCGCCCGCCCCGCCACCCCGCCCGCAGCGGGGCUCUGAAGCAGCCGGGGUGCCUCUGGGCCGCGCGGAGCUCCCACCCAGGAGCUCAGCUCGAGCUCCGGGAGGAGGUGCGGGCCGCGGCUGCCCGGCGCUCCGGGCGAGAGUUCACACGGGUCCCAGGCUGUCACUUGUGCUCCCUUGGCUGAAGUUGGGAAGGAGUAGAGAAACAGGGUCGGCAAAGCUUUUCUCAAAGGACAAGAUAGUGACCAAUUUCGGUUUUGCGGUUCCAGAGGAUAGACUCGAAGACAUAUAGGUACUUAUAUGACCAGGUAGCCAUUUAUAAAAAUGUAAAAACCAUUCUUAGCCCAGGGACCUGACAGAUGAGGGCCGGGCCACAUUUGGCCGGUUGGCUGUAGUUAGCAACCCCCGCCGGACGCCCUAGAAGGGCUCUGCCGCGGGGGGUGGCUUCAGCGGGGUUUCGAGGAUGAGCUGCUGGGGGAGCGGAGUUUGGGGCCAGACACCACUCCCCCUGCCUUUUGUCUAGACACUGAGAUUGCGCACACCUGUGUCGGAUGCCCGUGGGCAUAAACGACCGGCAUGGGGUGGAGAAGAGAGGACACCCCAAGCUGCUGUCUGGGUCAAGCUUGCCAGUUAAAAAAAAUGAUAAUAAUAAAACCAGGGGAUUUCCUCUUCCCCCACAAUUGGUGUUUACUGUAUACCCCUGUAGCAGUAUUAGAUCGGAAACAAGAGGGAAACAUUUAACUUUUCACAAUCCUUUUCAACUCUCUGCCCACACACCCAUUUUUCAGAGUGGUACACGUAAUUUAGAUUUUUUUUAAAAAGAUUUUUAUUUAUUUUCAGAGAGGAUGGGAGAGAGAAAGAGGGAGAGAAACAUCCAUGUGUGCUUGAGAAACAUCAGCUGGCUGCCUCUCUCACUUCCCCAGCUGGAACCUAGAUCCUGCCCCCAACCCAGGCGUGUGCCCUGACUGGGAAUCAACCAGCGACCCCCUGGUUCACAGGCCUCUGCUCAGCCCGCUCAGCCACACCAGCCAGGGCUGAAUUUAUUUUUUUAAGUGAAUCGGUUGCUAAAGAGUAUAAUCCUUACUUUUAUUGGUCUUAUAACUCUUUUUUCCAAAAGUGAGAUUCAAAGUUCUUACAAUACUUUUUAAACUAUAAAAGUAGCACAAAUUUCACAUAAUACUGAAUCAUAGAAAGUGAAUGUUCUCCUCCCCAAGAUGUUUCUGUCUUGCAGCAGAGUGGAUCUCUAUGCGAUACAAAUAUUUUCUUUUUUCACGUUGUUUCUUAUGCAGAAUUUUCCUUCUUGGUAAAUCAUAGCCUCCUUAGUUAUGUUAAAGAAUGCAUAACUUUCUUUUUUUUUAAAGAAGAUUUUAUUUCUUUUUAGAGAGAGGGGAAGGGAGGGAGAGAAGCAUCCAUGUGACUUGAAGACACAUCCAUCUGGCUCUCACAAGCAACCCAGGCAUGUGCCCUGACUGGGCAUCGAACCGGCAACCUUUUGGCCGGCACUCAAUCCACUGAGUCACACCAGCCAGGGCAGGAUGCAUAACUUUCCCCAGGAAGAUACUCCUUAACUGACAGUAGCCAUCACUCUGUUGGAACAUUUAAGCUGUCUUCAGUGUUUGCUAUGGACAUGCUUGUCUGUGUAUCCUCACGUGUUCAUGUUUCUAUACGGUACUUGCUUGGAAGUAGGUCAAAGAGGCAGUCCUACACAAGUUAAUCAUUCUUUUAUUAUUGGACUUCUAGAAUAAAUUUAGAACGCAGUUGUUAUAUAGAAUAUGCUCAUCACACUCCAGUGAAUACUUUGUCCCUUUUUACUUUGCUUCCUGUAUGCUCAUCAUUUAUCCAUUUGCAAAUAACGAGGGCUAACUACCUCACUAUCAAAGACAUACUUAACACAAUACAUUGUACAGCUAUGUUGUGGAAUUGUGCACCUGGAACCUGUAUGAUUCUGUUAACCAGUGUCAUCCCAAUAAACUCCAUUGAAAAAGACACGCUUUCCAUGUGUUAUCAAUCUUUACAAUCAUUUCAACAGAUGGUAUGACCUUUGCACAGAUGAGAAAUUUGAGGUCCUAAAUGGUUGGAAGCUGCAUGUAGGACGUCGAGAUAGGAUUUGGGCCCAAGUCUCCCAGUUUCAAGGCUGACGCGCUGCACUCCACCUUGGAGAGGCAACCCAGCAUAGUGGUGUAUCGUGAACACACACUUCCAUUCACUAAAGUCACUAGGGGUUGAAUCCUAG